CACAGCCAUCCCCACACCAAGCAUAUGAAAGCUGACGACGACUCUACCUACUCCACUAUUCUCCAUCCACCAUGACCACCCUCCAGGAUGCUUUCUUGCUCUGUAGCCUUUUCCACUGUACGCUCAGCGAGGGUAAGCACAGCCAAACCGGUACACUUGCACUAGAAUGUGUCACGGUCCAAUUCGCCGCCACCUCUUCUUCUUCGUCGUCUUCGCCUGCUUUCAUGGGUGACGACCGCCCGGACCACCACGUAUACCUCAUUCUACGAAUCAAAGAUACCGAAAUCCCCAUCGAACCCGGUCGGAAUGUGCAGACGCAUCUCUCAGAAUCGGGAACACGCACAUACACAUUCCUGCCUACGAGCUCCGAUCCGUCCGAACUCGUCCUUACCGUCGCUCUGCCGGAUAUUCCCGACUCACACUACCUCGAGGACAUCGAAGUCUUCGAAGGAGUUUUGGGACAGUACGCUGUGCUGCGUCCCCCUUUUCAAGCUGCUGCCGAGGAAGUUCCGCUGCCGACCAACAUCUACGAUAAGGAGGAUAUGAAGGAUCUCAGGGGACACCUGGUUCUCGUGAACCAGGACAACGGGGAGGUCGUGGGAGAAUUCGAGCAGAAGUUCGAGGUCAAGGAGGAUCCGAUGUUGACGAAGAGCGAGUCCAAAGCUUCGGAUCCGGUGAUCAUCGAGGUAGAAGAGUCGACUGAUCUUGCAGCGCGCGAUGCGGAUGCGCUUCAGAUCUUUGCGCGAGCGAUCCCGCCAGACCAGCGAGACUGGAUUACGAGCAGUGCGACACUCAUCAGUCAUGCUAUCUCCGGCUCAACCACCCUUGUCAUUCGCGCCCUUUCAGCGGGCACGUCUUACUACACCAAUCAUACCAAGCCCGCUCCAGCUCCAGCUCCCGGUGCAUCAUCCAAUGCACUUGCCUUCGUCUCGUCGUCGAGAACCAGACAGGGCCUCGCCGCAGUGCACUCCGUCAGCGGACAGGCGGUGAAAGUGAGCUCGAAGACUGUGAAGUUGAUCGACGAGAUGAUUAAGAAAGCGAUGGGGAACUCGAAGGGUAAGGGCCGCUCGCUUGCUCCGCCGCUGCCCUCGAGGACACCAUCGCCGUCUCGGAAUCUCGACCCGCCGCCGCCCCCGUAUAGCCGGACGCCAAGUCCCACGACAGACGCUAAGCCACCUCUUCCACCCCGCAGACAGCCGUCGCCAGGGCUGGGUCCAGGCCCACCACUGCCGGCUCGUAAAACCGCAGCCGACACCAGUCAAAUGCAUCAAGGCAAGCUAUCGAAGAAGGCGCGCGUAGUUCUUUCACUUGACCUUAUCCUGGCCACCAUCGACCAUUCCACGCGCCGAAUAUUAGAUGAAGGAUCAAGGAAUCUAGAGAGAGCGGUCGGCCAUCAAUAUGGGCCACAGGCAGCAGAGACCUCGGUGCUCGCUGCGGGAACCGCGAAGAAUCUGGCGCUGGUCUACAUUGACAUGCGCGGGAUCGGACGGCGGGCUCUUCUCAGACGAGCAGGCAAGGAGUUCGUCAAGGGCCGUUUGCAUGGGUGAUCUUACACCAAUAUCUUCUUGGACAACAUACGAUCUGUUUCUCGGAUACAAUGUACAACACAACAACUAUCACCGCUAUGCUCAGGUCAUCGAUGGAAUGAUAAAGCAGGUGACCUGGUUGUCGCGGGAGACGGCCUUGCUCGCCUCGCCGCUGACGUUGACGGAAGUGACGGCUUUCCCGCCCCACGGCUGGGACGACGCGUGGGACCAGCUGUUCCCGACUGGCUGACGGGCAAGCUGGUCGCCGACGUACCACACCGCCUCGCCGGCGCCGUCCCAGAAGAACGCGAAGCCGGUGAAGGUGUAGGAGUGCGAGAUCAGGAAACGGGUCACGCCGUCCUCGCUGGUGGCAGUAGCGGUGAUGCUGCCGGCGUGGUUCGGGAUGUUGCCAUUGCUUCCGUAGGAGAGGAGGUGGAUCUUGCCUGGUCCGCGGGCCACAACGAUGACCGGCGCGCCCUGGAUGAAUGCUUGCGUAGAGCUCAUUCUGAAAUCAGGUGCUUUGGGAGCCUUUUAUAUCGCCUGCGUCCCAGUAAUUCGCUCAAUUCCUCGGAUCGUCUCAGUAGCUUUCCUCUUAGAUUCGCCGUCGUCCUCUGCUCCCUCAACUCUUUGCGCCAGGGUGCCACUGAUUGAUGCAACUACGAUCCAGUUGGUUGUUCUGUCCCUUACGAUCGAACUCGAUAGACUCGGCAGCCGUCAGAUGCGGUAACUUGAGGGGGGACGUCGUACAUCCUGAUGUGACGCAAGCCUGGGAGUCACCUCGCAAUGGCCGCGCCAUUCGAGAGGCUGGAUAUCUAUGGAAUCAGAGAACUCGAGAGAUCUUCAGCGUUGCGUAUCGGCGCUUAUAAGUGGACCGCGUGCAAAAGCAAUACACAUGAGAAUUUGAACCGACACACUUAAUAAACAAGGCGGUCAUGAGGACAUUUCGGCAGACCCUCGACGUGACACCCAGCAUUCCAGGGUGACAGGAAAUUUCGUGUGAGCUCACGGUAUACUCAGGGACUCAGCGCGGAGUUCACUCACGCCCCAACCGAGCAAAGUCGCAGUCAAUGGUCUGACACUGACAAGCUCCAUCUUAGCUCGUUGACGUACCACCAGCGCCAGCGGACAUGUGCUAAUGGGUCGCGAUAUGCAUCAAAUGACACAGCUAUGCCAUAGAAAAAAUCCACCAGAGUCGAAUCAUAAUGCAUAGCGGACUUACUGGCCGAAUACCAAUCCAUCGAGCGAACUGAACGGAUAGUUCGUCUGCUUGGAGCUUGACUGAUUCUAGUGGGGCUUAUGAACAUUUAGAAUUGGAGAAAGAUCGAUACAUUGAAAUACUCUGCCUAGCAGAGAUAUAUUGACUGGUGAAGACGUUCAGGUUGGAAAUCGAACCAGAUCACGUGAUAUAUGGUUGGAUUAAGAUGUUCAUUGCAUAGACGGCCAAGAAAGUCGAGAGAAUUAUCCACAG